AUGGGAUCAUCCUGGCGACCAUCUGAUGGCCCACUCACCCCAGCGUCCCUGCCAGACUUCGGUUUGAACAGCCGUUACGGCCCACAUAUAUUCCGCCGUUUUGAUAUAAAUCCCAUACAAACAUCAGCACAAUCGCGAGAGCGAUCAAAAGAUCUUUCAUCAUUACCAUCUCCAAUAUGUACUACCUCCAGAGUAGCGGACUGCUACAGGCCCGGAGACUCACUUUUCAGGUCUACACCACCAACUAGCCCUGGUUAUCCUGACCAUUGGAGUUCGAAACAUGAUCGAUAUAGAAAGGAUGCUAGCCCCGCGCCGUUUGGGUCUGAGGACGGUCAGAUAGGUGGUAAUGCGGAUGAUUCAGAUGUUGGAACAAUUAUUGAGGUACAACAUACGCCGCCCAGGUCACCUGUCAAGUUUGGGAUUCCGACACGAAUUGAUAUAUCACCAGUCAAAAACAAAAAUAUCCUGACAAAGAGCUGGAUGAUAUCAGAAACUUCGUUAGAAAAGAAUUCAGAUCCUGUUUCCAUUUCGAAUAUAAAAGUCACAUCAGAGAAAGGACUAGAACAUGCGCUAUCGUUGCCUCCCAAGCCCCCUCGUCCCAUACCCACGGGACCGGCAGCUGGUCGAAAGUCGUCAUCACAUACCAACAUGACUACACAAGACCGCAACCACAUGCGAGAACGUAAAAAAUUUCCAGAUUAUCACGGUCUGCAAAAGACUUCAACAGCAACAAUAGACGCGAGCAGCUGUGGCACUUACCCUAACAACGUUAUUGUCGUACGGCCAAGGUUUCCUCAUCUCGGUGAUAGAGCGAGAGCUCAUGGACGGGAUCAGCUUCCGUUACAUGAAAACAACGAUAUUGAUAUGAAAGAUGCUCCGCCGUCUGACCCUCUGGAUAUUUCGGAGCUGUUAAAAGAUAGACCUACUGUUGUCAAGAAAGUCCGGGAUACUAGCUGUCAAGAUGGGUUGUCGUCCCACUCACUCAGUUACCUCAUAACGAAGGAGAGAGAAGGCUAUGGAAGACCCUGGGUCAGAAAUGUGAAAGCACAGGAAGUUAGGGAUUAUGGUACAUCUACAUGCAUAGUGUCCAUAACGCCCCCAAAGCCAAAACCAAGUCGCUUCUCUUCCGAGACGGUGUCAACACCGACGACUCUGGGCGGCUUAGAUAUCGAGAUACUGGUCUCGCGCAUUGUUGGGGAAUUGAAAGAAAAGCUGGUAGAUGUAAAGAUAGAGAAGCAUGAAGAACUAGUCAAGGAAGAAAAGAAAGAGAAGUCGAAAGGGGGGCAUAGAAAGGCUACGACACCUCCUAGGCUUGCGGGAGAACAACCUAAAUGGGACCAUACCGGCUGCUCUCUUCAACUCACCGCUAAGAAGAGAUUAGAGAGACGUAUAUCGAAGCCAAGAGAUGAAUCGAGCGGUGAGGAUGAGGACGAGGGCGCAUUUCAAAGAAGGCGCCAUCAUAUAUCGUCCACAUCUGUGAUCUCCAAACACCAACAAGCACGAAAGAGGGCCUCAACUCCAAGCUAUGCUGACCACUAUGGAGAAGAAGAAGAAGAAAGCAACCCCAAAGCAAGAACACCUGCAAACCUUCACUUCAGGAAGAAGAAGCGAGUUGAGACCCCCGUAACAGAUGGCCAGUCCAAAGUCCGAUCACCAUCUAUAGCCUUCUCGACCACUGCGUCUCCAUGCCCCUUUGCGCGUAAGACCAGCGAGGGGAAAUGGCAUGCCCCAUCGACAGUCAGCUCUGUCCCCACAUUGAUAAAAAAGCCAGUUGAGACGCCAAAGCCCCAGCGCCCUCUAGCCCAUAAAACUGCCGCAGGAGCUGCAGUGCCCCGACUAAAUAAACCAGCGCCGCUACCAGAUACCUUUUGGUUCCAGAGACGUUACAACCGCUUGGCUUCUGAAAUAAAUAAACCAAAUAUCUUGAACAAGGGACGGAAGUGUUUCAAUCGAAGAAUGCUAUCAUAUUACCUUGGUGGUAACGCUCGCCUGACGGUUUCUCCAAUUUCUCCUUCCGCCAGGAUCUCCCAAAUCCACCGUGUCAGCUGCGUGGUUGCGAUCAAAAAGGAGUUUGUACCAAACCCGGCAAAUCCAGGAGAAAUCAUUGUCGUUUGCUCCCCACAUGACUUCGAAAAGCAGCUUCCCUCAGGUGUUUCAACUUUCCCCGUAUUCCUCGAACGUGGGACGGCUGAGUGGGAGUACAUGGGUACUUAUGAGUUCGAUAUAUCCAAGCGAUUCUCGAACAAAGAGGCCGACAGUUUGCAGGAUAAAAACCUUAUCGACUUCUGGCUUACUAGAAUGUUUGAAAUGCGAGAGCCGGUUACACAGGGCCGUGGAACUUCUCAAAAGGUUAACUUAGGUCAGAUAAACUUGGGUUGGCAGGAGAGAGGACAAUCAUCCGCUAGUCACAGAAUGGUUCCGACCCUAUGUGAUAGUUCCGUGAAGUCUCUUGCUCCGCAGCUCGUUCCAACUCAUCUAAAGUCUAGAAAACAGGUGAGAAACUUGACAAUUAGGCAAGUGGAGAAGUAUCUCCAAGACGGAACGGUAAAAUUUAACUGGAACUUUCUGAAGCCGGUGAACUACGAUAACGCGCUAUACAGGAAGCUUUCCGAGGCAGCCUGGCCAGCAAAGAAGGGAAAUGUGGAUGCGCAUGCGGGCCUUUGGUCUAGUCUGAGAAAUAACAGAUAA